AUGCCUGGUUUAUCCCCUUUAACCCCUGUCACUACUUCAUUUGAAGAAUAUUCUUCUGAUUCCCUUGCUUCUUUAAUCAAGAAUCCUUCUAAAAAUUUGGUCUUGUUACUUGAUUUAAGAUCUUUUUCUAUGUUUACGACAAAUCAUAUUAAAUCCUCUUUAAAUAUUUGUGUUCCAAGUACUUUAUUAAAAAGAGGUUCUUUUUCUGCCGAUAAGAUUACUGAUACUUUGGUUGGUGAGGCUGAUAAAGAUAUUUUCAAGGAAUGGCCUAAAUAUGAAAACAUUAUUUUAUAUGAUAAUGAAACUUCUUCAUUAUCGGAAAAUUGUCCAUUAUUUCAUCUUUGUAAAAAAUUCAAGUCACCAAAUUGUAAAGCAAAGAUUGGAUACUUGAAAGGUGGGUUUACAGCUUUUUUUAAUCAAUAUGCGGAUUUAUGUGAAAAGAGUGUUGUAAAUGGUACAGGAACGGUACCUAGUACUUUUCCUCGUAGAAGAUCUUUAAUGAGUCGUAAACCAGGACCUUUCACUUGUCCAACCCCUAUUAUUGAAUUAUCUGGUGUUAAUCCAUUUUUCUCAAAUAUUCGACAAAAUAUUGAAUUAAGUUCUGGUAUAACGGAAACAAUACCUAUUCGUCUUCCUGAAGGUAUUACGUUUGAUAAAUCUCAAAUACCAGCUUUCAUGAGGGAACUUAUCAAAGAUGAUGGUGGUAAAAUGAAAUUAGCUGAAGCAUUUCAGGAAAUUGAACGUACUGAACAAAGACGAUUACAAUCUUUAAUGUUACAAAAUUCGAAUCAAGUGACAGCUGAUUGUCCUUUCAGUAUAUCGGCUGGAAUGGAAAAGGGUACAAAAAAUCGUUAUAAUAAUAUUUGGCCUUAUGAUCAUACUAGAGUUAAAAUAAAUGAUUGUAAAGAAGGAGAUUGUGAUUAUGUAAACGCAAGUUUUGUUCAAGCUGAAGGAUGUGAUAAACGUUACAUUGCAACUCAAGGUCCUUUGCCAGCUACAUAUGAAGAUUUCUGGAAGAUUGUAUGGGAACAGAAUUCUCAAGUGAUCGUAAUGUUAACCAAAGAGGAGGAAGCAGGGAGAAUCCAAUGUCAUCGUUAUUGGUCUCAAUGCAAAAUUAAUUCCGCUAAAUUUGGUCCUAUUGAACUUAAGUUCAUUUCGGAAACUUCACAUUGUUCAGUGGAAAAUAACAAUAAUACGAUCGUUACUCGAAAAUUCAAGUUAACCAAUUUAAAUCAUCCAGAAAUUCCAGCUCGUGAAAUCACACAAUUACAUUUUCUUGGUUGGCCUGAUUUCGGUAUUCCCGAUUCUCCAAUUCAUAUCCUUAAUCUAAUAGAGGUAGCUAACUUAACACAAUUACAAGCAGCUCAAUCAUCACAACAUGCUAUUGGUCCUAUGAUAGUUCAUUGUUCAGCUGGGUGUGGUCGAACAGGAGCGUUCUGUACGAUUGAUUCAUGUUUAACUAUAUUAAACAAUAUUCGAGAACAAGGUCAUGAUGUAAGUCAGGACCUUGUACAAAAAGUAGUAUUGAAAUUCAGAGAACAAAGAUUAAGUUUAGUUCAAACAUUGAGACAAUAUGUGUUUUGUUAUGAAGCUGUUUUAUGGAAGUUGGUCGGUGCAGCUUAA